UCCAGCGCAUCUCCAACAAUUACAUCAGUUGGUGGGUGGAAGAUGGAUUUUUUUUUUCCAGAGCCAUUGAAUCGGUGAACCACGAUGUAAAUUUCAAAGUUCACCGACGUGUUGAAAUGUAGCAUUAAGAAUUGUCACGUGAACAUUAAAUUUAACAGUUCUAUUGACAUUUCACAAUGUGCUUGUAGGAUAAAAACUAAGCUAAUAAAUAAAUGAUUAUGCUGAUAUUCUGAGUGCGUUGUGAUCCAAUUGAUUUCGAAACGACGAAAAUUGAUCUUUCAUAUGGUGAAAACCAGAAAUCUAACAAUUAUUAAUUUAUGCAAAUGGCUGGAUCACAAAUACAAAUUCAGAACGACUGGAAUAACGCGAAAAUGAGGAUAGAAUGAAGAGGUGUGUGCGCAAAAGGAAGGAGGCAUAUAAAGUGCUGGCGGUUACUUUCCUUCAGUUUACUCGAGCGCGCAAUGGAAGCUAAACCAAGUACACAGAUUCUCGUUUUUUUUUUAUUUACUGUUGUGAUAUUAGCGAGGGACAUUGACUGUUACACAUGGCCGAGGAGAAAUACGUACAUGACGAGAUGGGAUAAAGUGAAUUUGGAUGAAAUUCUUCAGAAUAAGAGACUGCUUCACCAUUACUUCAGGUGUCUCAUGGGAGUGGGGCCUUGUCCGCCUGAUGGACAGGAGUUGAAACGGGUCCUACCGGAAGCCCUGGAAACAGCUUGUGCCAAAUGUUCGAAGAGCCAGAAAGAAGGCGCGAUCUACGUAAUUAAAUAUUUGAGGGAAUACAUGCCAAAGAAACUCGAGAUGCUUGCGAAUAGGUACGACCCAGAUGGAAAAUAUCGCCGACGUUACUAUCAUUCCACAUCCGUGGAUAACAAUACCACGUGAUAUUUUCGUCAGGACUUUCUUUUCCCAUUUUGUAUUCCCUCCCUGUCGCUUCUACAUUCCCUACUGUUCACUAUGGUUUCACAUUUUUUUUCAUUUUCGUUUUUUUACAUUUGUAGAGGUCCUUGUUGAGUUUUAUUUUUUUUAUUUAUGGAUUUUGUUUAUCCUCGAAUUAUUUAAUUAUUUAAUACACUGUUUUUUGAAGUGAGAUCGCCGAUGAGGCUUUCUACUGCGCGAUAAUACGGAACGAGCCAAUGAAAACAAGUUGAUUAUUUUUUAAUGCAGAGGUAGUUCCCUCAUUUUUAUUGUAUUUAUUGGAGGUUUGGAUAAAAAAUAAAUUAAUUAAUUCUGGAGAGAAAAA